AUGUCACAUCAAAUUACAAGUCUAUUUCCACCAUCAACAUCAAUUAAAGAUUAUGCAUAUCCAGAAUCAAAUCCAUUACAUAUAGGUCAAUAUCCACCAAUAGACCCAGAAAUAUCAUCAACAUCAUCAUCAUCAUCAUCUUCCGAAGAAUAUCCCCUUCAUCGAGAUAUCAACCACCAUCUAAACGCCGAAGACGAUUCUUAUGAUGACUCCUAUGACGAUGAAGAAUAUCAUCGAGACGAGAUAAAUCGAAAAGCAAGAGCAUUAUUCGAUUUCAUACCUGAAAACGACAAUGAAAUCAAACUUACAGAAGGACAAAUAAUUUGGAUCAGUUAUCGACAUGGACAAGGUUGGUUAGUUGCAGAAGACCCUGAAACGGGUGAGAAUGGAUUAAUUCCGGAAGAAUAUGUUGAGAUUGUUGAUCUGAUGACUAAUGUGAAGACUGGGUUGAAUGGAUUGGAAGAAGAGGAAGAGGAUGUACCAAAACCGUUCUUGCCGGAGAUAUUACAGGAUCAUCAUAAUGAUCAAUUGGAAGACCAGAAUGGAGAAGAUGAUGAGUGGGUGGAUACCACUGAUGAAGAGGAGGAAGGUAUGUCUCCGAGGAUAAUAGCACAAGCAAAUGUUAAUGAUCAGGCGAUAAAGCAAUUAUCUGAUAAAGUUGAUUCAAUUACAAUAUGA